AUAUUGGAUUAGUUUACAACCCAUUUUACGAAGAUGUCGACUCCGGUAGCGAUGGAUCGAGAAAAAUGGAGCUGGAAAUUGGAUUUUCUAGCUACAAACAUCGGUUUUGUAGCAUGUUUUGAGAAUAUAUGGCGCUUCCCUUAUCUCUGCUACUCUAACGGAGGCGUGAUGUUCCUCAUCCCGUAUGUUCUGUGUGUGUUCUUCAUCGCGAUGCCUCUUAUGUUCUUGGAGAUGGCUCUUGGCCAGUACACCGCUUCGGGAUCCCUCAAAGCUUGGAGAAUUAGUCCACUUUUUAGGGGUAUUGGCAUAGCUUCUACCGUGGUGCUGUUUUGGCGUAGCACCAUAUGCAACGUCAUCUUGGCUUGGACUCUGUAUUACCUCUACAGCUCCUGUAUAGGGAGUGAACUUCUCUGGACGAGAUGCGAUCAGGCAUGGAACACAGCCAAUUGUCUUGAACCUGGUUAUGAAUGGGGAUGCGUCAACGGAACAUACAUUCCUGUCAACAGACACGAUACUCCACCGGACUACUACUACUCCGACAGUGACAUAGAUUAUCGAUCAUAUUCAAGCGAAUGCGGGGAUCCCCCUUUAAUGUCAUUUCCAGAAGGAGAAUUCUGGCGAAACCACGUGUUGGAGCAACCGGGAUAUUAUGAUCAUGACGGGACGUUUAACAUUGGAGGGGUCACUGGGCACCUUGCCAUAACGCUUUUCCUAGCGUGGAUGCUGAUAUACUUUUGCCUAUUGAUAGGCGUGGGAUGGACCGCUAAGGUGUUUUAUCUCACCGUUCCCGUAAUUCACCUAGUGCUUUUUGUCUUUAUGAUACGCGGAGUAACUUUACCAGGUGCGGCUGAGGGUGUAUUGUUUUAUCUCAGUGAGGAUAAAACCAUCCUCGCAUACCCACGGGUGUGGCUAGCUGCUGCAAGAGAGGUUUUCUGCUCCUUCUCGAUUGGUCUUGGAGCUUUCACAACCCUUGGAAGUUACAAUAAAUUCGACUACAAUUUUUACAGGGAUAGCAUGAUCGUAUCGUUUCUGAAUGUGAUGACGAGUAUUUAUGGCGGUGUCAUCGUCUUUUCAUUCAUUGGCUUCGCAUCGUACGCAAGCGAAUUACCAAUUAAUACAGAAGCCGUGCCAGGUACUUAUCUAUUUUAUGAGGUCUUUCCGCGUGCGUUUGCUCUAAUGCCUGGAUCAAGAGCGUGGGCUAUUCUAUUCUUCCUAGUCGUUCUACUGAUCUGGUUUAACUCUCAGCUUGUUACGGUGAAAUCGUUCAUUGCGUCUGUCACGGAUGUGCUCCCUUCGUGGCUCCAAGGCGGAUACUACCCUGACAUCGUCGUGUUUGGACUCUGUGUAUUACAAUUUCUAAUCGGUAUUCUCAUGGUUACCGAGGGUGGGACAGAUAUAGUACUGAACUACGUCGAUUAUAUGUACUAUGAGGUGUAUUCAUUACCCCUUGUUUGGAUCUGCUUUCACGAGAGUGUCGCUAUCGGAUGGUUUUAUGGAUUUAGACGGUUCUCAUCACACAUUACAGAGAUGUUAAAAUGGCGGCAGAUCCCAUGGUACUUGAUUGGCUGGAUUGUCACCUGUCCUAUUCUUUCUAUGCUUGUAUGGAUUAUCGACAUCUAUCUUAUAGUGUUCGACGAGGUUCACACUGACUACUGGAACAAGCAGAUUCGCAUGAUCGGCUACAUAAUUGCAGCAUCUUCCAUGUUAUGGAUUCAUGUUGUGAUGAUAUACACAGUUGUCUACCAAUUGGUCAAAGGGGAUGGGCCUAUUCUCAAGAGGCUGAAAUUGGCCAUCCGCCCCGCUGUUACACCAAACAACGACAGAGAGGAACUAGUUGGAAUGGAAAUGACAUAA